AUGAUUUGUUCUUUCACAGUUCUUUGUUACGGGUUCCAACUACACAUUGAGAUAUCAGUAAAUGGACAUGUCGACUUCUUGUCUUCUACGGCUACAGUACGGGUAAAUAAUGUAAAUGGUUCUGAAGAGUUAUCACCAUUAGUGAAGGAGCUAUGCAAGUAUUUAAUACAUUUAAAAAGAAAAAACUUCUGUGAACGAUCUAAAAAACUGUCAGAAGCCUUACCAGGAAAUGGACCAAUCGAUAACAACGGUACUAGCAGUCAAAAUAGUCCAGAACCUCUUGAAAUUGCAUCGGGAAAAAAUCAUUGCUUAGGCAACUGCAAUAAACAGAAUCAAGCUAUUGAAAAUGAUAAAUACGAUAUCUCAGAUAUACAAUAUAAUAUUAUUGAAGAAUCAACAGAAAAUCAAGAAGAUAUAGCUGGAAAUGAUGCAAAAAAUAUUCAAUUAGUAAUACACAUUAAAAAAGAUGAUAUAUGUAACAAUACUGAUUACUCUAAAAAAGUUAAAAAUGUAAAUCAUCAAGAUACUCAUUGUCAUAAUCAACCAAACAAAUGUCAGCUAAAUGUUAAGGAAUGCAUUGUUUGUUCGAAAGGUAAAAGCAAUCAAAAUGCAAGUAACAUUCUGGAUUGUAAUACAUGCCAGUCAACAUGUGAUGUAUCAUAUGAUAGCAAAGAAUUAUGUAAAGAUCUUUCAAAUGAACUACUUAAAACUAAUUUUCCAGAAUAUAAUGAAAACUGUUCUUCGAAAUGUCAUACUUCUUUUGUCUCCAAGUGUAAUCAACCAAACAAACUAAGGCUCAAUGAAAAUCACAAUGAUAUACAUACUUCCCGUAGAUGCCCUCUUAACAUGUGUGUGGAAUAUUUCUUGCCUUAUUUUAAAAAGUGUAAAUUAAAAAUAUGUAAACAGCAUGAAGGCUUAUCAGAGGAAGCUCAACCAUCUUCAAAUACGGAACUGGACAGUAAAACAUAUGAAGAUUGUCAUCUCUCCUGUCAAAAUUUUAAUAAAAGUAAAGAAUCUGUAAUGAAACAUACAAAUAAAACUGAUUUUGGUAAAGAAUCAAACUUGACUCAUAUAACCCAAUGCUCUGAUAAGUGGGAAAAGCAAUUUUGUGAAUUGGACAAAGGAAUCUGUAGUAUAACCAAAAAUAUUUCUUGCAAUGAAUCUGAUGUCAUUAACAGGAAUAUUUCUGAUACAGUUAAUUCUACUUCUCAUAAAGCAAACAAAUGCUCUCAAAACACACCAUGUUGUAAAAACAAAUGUGAAUACAGUGAUAGUGAAGAAACAUCAAGAUUUCAUGGGAUCCCUAAAAACAGAAAUCCCCAAAGUUUAUGUUGCAGAAGUUUUAGAACGAGCAUAUAUCCAACAUGGGCAGACAUCACAACAAUAAGAAAUUGUAAUUGUAUUGAUAAUUGCCAUUUUCGCAAAAAUGUUUCACAUAUCCCUUGUAAUACUGGUAGCUUAGAACCAACUCCACAUCAAGAUAAUGAAGCGUAUAAAGAAAAUUGUAAUUGCAACUCGAGCCAUAUAGCAAGUUCAAGAAAUGAUUGUACAGCUGACACAGACAAUUCCCUUAAAUUUCUUAUGGACAAGCAUGAUUUUAAUCAUUAUGGUUUAACAAAAAAUGACAAUACCAAGUCUGUGUCAAAUUAUCAAUCAUGCAAAGCCAAUAUUUCUGAUACAACAUGUUUAAAAAGUUCAAGUGUUUCAGAAUCUCGUAACAAGAAAAAUUCACUUGCUAAAAAGUGUACUAAAGACCAUUUCGGAGCUAUGAAUACAAAUAAAACUUGUGAAAUAUCUAAAGAACAUUCUGGUUCCGUUAUACCAAUUUUUGGUGAAAAAAAUAUAAUCAGUGAUUACAAAGAUUCAAAAGAAAAUGAGGUUAUAGAUGGUUUAAAUAAAGGAAGAGAUGGUAAGAAUUGCUAUAUAUCAUUAAUGAAUCCAACCAUCAUUAAUCAAAAUGACUCAUCGUCUAAAUGUAUUAAAAUCGUCUUCUGUUCCAUGCAUAAACCACUGGAUUGUGAUUCUGAUAUAAUUUGUAAAGAAUCAAAUACCAAACAAACAAUACACCAAGGAUUGUGUUGUAAUGAUAGCUGUUCAAAUGAGCCAUAUUUUGAUAUAGAUGACAAUAAGGAACUUGUUUUUUGUAUAAGAUGCAAAAAAUCUGGUAGCAAACUAGAGAGUUGUAAGUGCAUCUUGGACAAUAUUGAUCUUCAAUUAUUAAAGUCUAACACAAGUAAUGAAAUUGGAGAUGUUAAAUUUAAAAGCUCAAAGCCAAAACAUAGGAAGGAUAAUGUAUUCACUAAUAGUUGUGAUAAAGAAGCUAAUGAUAGUUUAGGAUUAAUUUGUGAUCCUUGUAAAUACCACAAUCUUAGAUGUUCUAUAGAAAAUAAUAACAAUCCAUAUAUCAAUUGCAUUACUUCUUCUGAACCUGAAAUCUGUGAAAUCCAUGAUGCAUGUGAUAAAGGGCUUGCCAGGCUUUGUAAUGUUAGCCAUGAGAUGAAUACCAAUGAUAAAAAUGAAGAACAUAGCAUUAAGCCAUGUCUAUGUGAACUCACUUCUGAGAAAGAAUACUCAAAACAAAACAAUAAUAGUUGUGUUCCAAUUAAUUCAUGCCAAAAUGAUAACAGCACAAAAUCUUCACAAGCUAGGCAGCAUAAAAUAAUCAAUAAAAAUUCUAACAAAUCCCUCAAAGAAAGUAAAGAAUUACUUUCUGAUUCCUACAAAUGUGAGGAGGAAUGUAGCAGUUUGAUCACAGAUUGUAAAAAUGCCAGCAACUGUACUGCUGUUUCUAAAUCAGAACUUAACAAAAUCUAUAAUGCUUGCAAUAAAGAACUUAAAAGUAAAAAUAUUUGUGAAGUCAGUCCAGAUACAGAUAUUAAAGAAGACAGUGAGGAAGAUAAGAUAAGUAUAUGUGAGUCAUUUCCAUACCAAAAUCUGGAACCAUUAAUAAAUAAAUGCAAAGAUUCAUGCAAAAAAAAUUGUAUAGAUUGUAAAUUGCUGGAACAAAAAUGUAGCAAUUUUUGCAAUCAUAGUGCAAACACCCGAAAACUAGUCAAUUUGUACAAAAUAAUAUCUGUAAUAAAGAAUAUUCUUUCAAAGAAGUGUUCGAAAAAAGUAAAUUCAAUUUGUGAGCCAGCACACGAAAAGGAUGAGGCUUCAAUAAAUAACUGUUACAAUCCAUUUAUAAAAAAUAUUACUGAUUUAAAAUCAAAAAGAAAUAUCUUUAAUCAACACGUAAUAUGUCAUAAAAUCAAUGCAAAUUGCUAUGCAAACUUCAAAAAUGAUACUGAAAUUCCAUCAAAUCUUUGCAAAGAUUAUAAACAUAGAAAUAGUAGUGAAAACUCUAAAUCUGAAUGUGUCAAACCUAAAAUAAAAAAGAAUUCAUGUAAUAAAAAUGAGCUCAGAUUCAUUAGCUGUCAUCAUAAUAAUGAAAGUAUUAUUGAAAAUGAUUUUGAAAAGGAAUGCCUAAGUGGAAAUAUAUUUCGGAAGAAUAUUAGCCUGGAUAAAUCAAAUUGCCAAUUGAAGACAGAGCAUUGUGAUUCAAAUAAUAAAGAAGACCAAUGCAAAUCAAUAGAAUGUGAAAUUGAAGACCCACUUUGCCCUCUGGAAUCAGAUGAAGAAGAAAUCUAUUCAAAUGAUUCUGAAGCAUGCUGUUUUGAAAAGGAUAAUGAAGAGUGGAUAAAUGAUUUUUAUCUUAUUGGUCCAGAUGAUUCUUCUAAAUCAUCUGAUGAAUUGAUUACAUCUUUAAUGAAAAGUAAAGAAUUCAAUUGCAAUCAUAUACCAUAUUGCUGUUUCAACAGUUUAAGAAGUCUCAAAAAGUCACCAUCACACUGGUUGACCAGAAAAAGAUAUACCAACAAAAAACUAAGGAAAUCUAAAUUAAAGAAGAGAAUCCAGUGCACUAAAAAUAUAAUCGAUUUUAAGUCCAAAAGGAAAUGCCGCAGAAUUGCCAGGAAGAAAUGAGGCAUGUCUAGAUGUUUCAUAAAUUUCAUAACCACUUAUUAUUACUUUAUGAACUAUUUUACUAAGUUAAAUAUAAAAUAUUGCUGAGUUAUAAUUAUUAAAAUUGAAGGCAUUGAUGUAAGAGCACAUCCAAAUUCACUAAUUUUAGGUUAAACAAAAUUUAAAAUUAAAAUGACACCAGAUAAUUUUACCAUUAAGCUUUUAAUAAAUCAGCAAAUCUAGAACUAACCUCGUUUUAUCUCUCAUUUACAUUUGUUUAAAAAACAAAAGUAA